GUCUGCCAGCGUCCUGUUCGCCUGUUUGUCUGCUUGGCCUCGAUCUCCCGUCCUCGGUCACCCGUCCUCGGUCUCCAGGUCCAUCUUCUACUCGUUGCAGGUAUUUCAUCGCACUAUCGCAUCCCAUACCCUGCACCGCAUCUGGCGUUCUUCUGGGCUUGCCUUGGCCCGUUUGGAUGGCUGGCCAGAUGGAGCGCUGGGUGAACCAAGACGCAACUUGACGAUGCAAUCGUGCUUUUGGCACUCGAGAUGUCUCGAAGCAGCUCAGCUGCAGCAUAUGCACUCGUGUGCUUCCCGUCUGGUGCCUUCCUCGGUCGCCAUCCACUCGUCUCCAACCUGCCUCAUUCCAUUGAGGACACCUCGCGAUUCUGGCGCUUCCUCGAUCGACUCUGCUGUUUGCAUCCUUCCGCCAUCAUACCCCCCGUCGUCGGCAUCCCCUCCCCCAUUCGCCAUCACAGCACAAUCAAUGCGUGCGAGAUUCGGGUGUCCGUCGUCCUGUCAUCCGUGUUUUGCUCCGACUGCUACAGUCGGCCCUCAUCCCUGCGCAACCAAACUCACGUCCCCGGGACAUUUCCUCUCACCGCCGUAUCCAUCAGCACAUCCUAUCUCUGAGCCAUGUCUGAAACCCAGCCGCUCCUCAAUAACGACGUGCCCAUCUCGAUCCCCGAUCGUCUGCGGGAGACCCUGUCCAAGCGGGUCGUCACCCCUGUCCGUGUCGAGCCCAAGGUCUUCUUUGCGAACGAACGCACUUUCCUGUCGUGGCUCAACUUCACCAUGGUCUUGGGUGGCCUGGCCCUGUCUCUCCUCAACUUUGGCGAUCGUGUCGGGCAGCUGACUGGCCUGGCCUUCACCGGCAUUGCCAUGUUCUUCAUGGCCUACUGUCUGUACAUGUACCAGCUGAGAUCCCAGAAGAUCCGCACUCGAGACCCUGGACCCUACGAGG